AUGGGCCUCACAAGCACGCCGCCGAUCUUCACCCUCGCAGCAGCAGCAGCAGGCACCGCCACCAUGAGCAACAAACCCAGCAAACGCCGCAGCAGCAAAGCCACCACACCAACACCCCUCCACGCCCUCCUCACGCUCCUCAACCCCGCCGCCCGCGCCGCCGCCCACGACCUCGCAGACGUGCACGCCCGCCUGCGCCGCCUCCGCGCCUACGUCGCCUCCAACACGCUCACGCAGGCCGAGUACGACGCCUACUGCGCGCGCAUCACGUCCGCGCUGGAGCGGAAAGAGACGGCGCCGGCGGAGGCGCGCGCGAAGAUCCUGGCGCUCGAGGACGCGUUGGCGCUGAUUGUUGAGGAUGAGGACGAGGACGCGGGCGAGGAGGACGGGUAUCGCACUAUGCAGCCGGCGAGACAGACGAAGGAGGGGCUGGGGAAGGAGGGGAGGGAGAUGGGCGUUCGUGCUCGCGUGUUGUUGCCUGUGCGUAGGGGGCGCGGCAGACUGCUGAGGCGCUGGUCUGGUGGCCCGGCUGAGGAGGAGGCGGUUGCUAGGGGCUUGCGCUGCGCGGUUGGCGGUAGUGUUCCCGCGCUGCCGCUGUCGGUGCUGCCGAUGGUGGAGGGGGAGGAGGGCAGGGGGAGGGUCUUCCGCGAUGGCCGACGGGCAGCAUCGGCACCGGCUUCUCUCCCGCCCCGCACCAGUGAGGUCUGGCCCUUCGACGCGGUGCCCAAGCGCGGCCGCAGGCUGCGGCAAGAGGAGUGGUUCGGGCUCGGGGAGUUUGAGUUUGAGCAAGAGGGGAGCGAGAGUGGGCUUAGUCUAGGUAUGGAUAUGGCGGUUGGAGUCGGUGUGGUUGGGGCGGGAGCGGGGGCGGGUGUGGGGGUGGGGGUGGAGAGGGCGUAG